CACGACGGCCCCGCCUCCGCCACGUGACGCGCUGCGGCCGCCUCUUCCUCUUCCUGGCGUAGUUCCGCUUCUCCGCGCUCGCGGUUCUGAGGUGCCGGAACCCCCUUUGGUCACGUGCCGAGGGGGAAAGCGGGCAGGCGUCGUGCUCCUUUAUUAGCUCCCGUGCGCCAUGUUUUCAGGCCGGGUCUGUCUUAGUCUUCCCCUCUAAGGAAAUGGCCCGGGAGCUCCAGGAAACCCAGGCGCCGUCGCUUCUGCGGAGCCCGGGCUGAGGAGGCAGGGCAGCGGGGUAAAUCCGAGCGUUCUGCGCGAGGUAGGGAGGUUAUGGCGUCCGGCAGUAACUGGCUGUCCGGGGUGAAUGUCGUGCUGGUGAUGGCCUACGGGAGCCUGGUGUUUGUACUGCUAUUUAUUUUUGUGAAGAGGCAAAUCAUGCGCUUUGCAAUGAAAUCUAGAAGGGGACCUCAUGUCCCUGUGGGACACAAUGCCCCCAAGGACUUGAAAGAGGAGAUUGAUAUUCGACUGUCCAGGGUUCAGGAUAUCAAGUAUGAACCCCAACUCCUUGGAAGUGAUGAUGCUAGGCUGCUGCAACUGGAGACCCAGGGAAAUCAAAAUUGCUACAACUAUCUAUACAGGAUGAAAGCUCUGGAUGCCAUUCGUGCCUCUGAGAUCCCAUUUCAUGCUGAUGGCCGGCAUCCUUGUUCCUUAAUGGGCAAGAACUUCUGCUCCUACCUGCUAGAUCUGCGAAACACUAGUACUCCCUUCAAGGGUGUGCGCAAAGCCCUCAUUGAUACCCUGCUAGAUGGCUAUGAAACAGCCCGCUAUGGGACAGGGGUCUUUGGUCAGAAUGAAUACCUGCGCUAUCAGGAGGCCCUGAGUGAGCUGGCCACUGUGGUCAAAGCACGAAUUGGGAGCUCUCAGCGACAACACCAAUCAGCAGCCAAAGACCUAACUCAGUCCCCUGAAGUCUCCCCAACAACCAUCCAGGUGACAUACCUCCCCUCCAGUCAGAAGAGUAAACGUGCUAAACACUUCCUCGAAUUGAAGAGCUUUAAGGAUAACUAUAACACCUUGGAAAGUACUUUGUGAUGGAACUGAAGGACUCUCACUGCAGACUGAACCAGACAGCUGCAGUAUGCCAGACAGGCUACUUGCUGGGAGCCCUCAGGACAUCUGGCUCAGCAGACCCAAACUAUGUCAGCUGAGGUUCCCAUUGUGUCCAGAGUUCUUAGACCUUUUGCCUAGACAGUCAUUCCCAAUUCCAUACAGGCAUUUUCAGAACACUAGCUAAGACUUUAUUUUUCUCCAAUAGCAUUUUUUUAAAGAUUUGAAUUCAAAUGUUAUUCUCCGUGUUUCUGUCUAAACCUCCUUAAAAAUCCUCACUAGGUUUUAGCCAUAGUUCCAUACCCUGUGUCAGGCUUUUGAAUCCCAUAAGUGACAAUUGGAGAAGGAUGCUUUCUCUGUCUACCCCUUCAUACAUGGUUAAAUGGAAACUGUUUGAGUGUUAGGGCACCUCAGGUUUGAUUGGUGGAAAAGGCAGACAGAAACUGGCGGGGAUAUGGGGUGGUAUGUGGCAAUAGUUUAACCCUGGUGCUCCACUUAAACCAAGAUGUGUUGAAACAUGAACACAGCUUUGCUAACAUGCAAGGGUCUGUCCUUCUACUUUCAUGCCCAUGCCAUGUCAUACAUAAAAGGGAAUAUUCAGGCACCUGGUGCCAGGCUUUGAGACAAUGGGAAGGAAUGGUGUACCCAAACCAAUGCAACAAUGGUCUGACUUUAAAAUUAAUAAAAUGAACUAUUAAAAAGUAAA